AUGCGCUCCUCCAUUGCCGUCGCUGCCGGCCUCGCUGCCGUGGCAUCUGCCGGAACCACCACCAUCACCGACACUGUCGAUGUGACCAUCACCUCGUGCGAGCCCACCGUCACCAACUGCCCCUACAAGGGCGGCUCUGACCCAACCUGGGGCGACUGGAGCAGCGUCACUGCCUCGACCACCUCCAGCGUUCCCGUUGGCCCUGCUUCCAAGCCCACUGGUGGUGCCUCUUGGGAUCCGUCUGGCACCUGGGCCGACUGGUCCAGCGCCAGCAGCUCCUCGAGCACCCCGGUUGGCCCUGCUUCCAAGCCCACUGGCGGUGCUUCCUGGGACCCGUCUGGCACCUGGGCCGACUGGUCCAGCGCUACCACGACCACCCCGGUGACUCCUGUGUCCGCAACCACCACCGCUCCUUGCGGCAGCUACACCGCUACCACUCCCCCGGCCUGGUUCUCUCUCCUGCCAACUGACCAGCUCAGCUCCAUCCAAGCUCAGUGGACUGGUGCUCCUCCCUCGGACUGGUGCUACUGGACUUACAGCACUGGCUCCCUCACGACGACCGCCACUCCUGUUGCGGCCACCAGCACUUGGCCCGCUGGCUCUCCCAGCGGCGGUUGGUCUUCCCCCGUUGCCGCCGCCUCCACUGGCACUGGUGCUUGGUCUUCUCCCGUUGCUGCUGCUUCGACUGGCGUCUGGUCCUACUCCGGAUCUGCCACCCCCGUCCAACCUGCCGUCGCUACUUUCACUGGUGCUGCCAAUGCCAACACAGGAUCUUUCGCCCUUGCAGGUCUCGCUGCUGCCGCCGUUUUGGUUAUGGCAUAA